AGAUACUGUUGGAGUGAGAUAGGCCUUUGGAGUGUAAGCUUUCUGGAGGUAAGGAUUUGUCUCUAUCUUUCAAAAAUAGCGUCUUAAGCCAUCUGCCAAUAAGGACGCUACCUGCUUAAAACACUUUUUUUGAGGGUCAUUUUGAAAUAUAAACAAAGAACGCAGCUAAACGAUUAUUUACUAGCGCCUUGUACAAGAACCAACGGAAAGCUACGUGAAAACUGGUGACUUUGCGGGUGUUGCUUUAAGACUCUGCUCUCUCAGGACAAGUUUUUUUUGGUCAUUGCGCAAUCGAAGCUAAAACUGUUCGGUUCAAUGAAGCUCAUUGUCAUGACAUUUAGUUUUUCUCAACGUCGAUCAAAAGCUUUUGAACAAAAGAUUGGAGAGGUGAUCGAUUCCACGCAUGCAUGAGCGAUUAGGCGCGACUUGUUGAAUGAGACUCACUGGCUUUUUACUUUGGCUGGCUCAUGAUGAUGCUUAACAUUCUAUUCGUAAACAAAAGUGUGAUUUGCUUAAAGAGUAAAAUGCAGUAUAUUUUCGGUCUUGUUUUUGAUUUGCUUUGCUGUCGCAUUCAGAGUGUAUAAUUCUCAAAAGCAGACGAUUUUUACUGGGUGUCUUAAAGACCAUUUCAUUUAAGAGCGGAUUCAUUACAAACAAAACUGCUGAAUAAUUGAAGAUUUCAUUAUUAUGACCUAAUUCACAUUAGUUCAUGCCUGUAGGAAAGAAAAUGGGAAAUUGAAAUGCAAAAAUUCUUCCAAGCGCCAUAUCCUUCACGCAACACGAAUCAUUUGAAUCCAAUUGACUUCCUUCUUUCCCUUGGUUUCUGUAAUCAUAGCAUAAAUUAAGGGAAAAAAAGGAGUCAGGGAAGUUUACACGCGUUCAAAGCGUGAAAUAAAGAGCCUGCCUCGAAGAAACGCCUCUUUACGGGUAACAAAUGAUAAACAUUUCUAAGGCGCUCUGUGAUUGGCUAGCGCUUUAAAUGUCAGUCUCUCUGACCAGCUGUUUGCUUGUUUUACAUCAGCUGAAUAGAACAGUGGCUUGCAUAUCCACCGAAGUUGCUGGCGACUUCAUCUGGAGGCCUCUUUUGGAGGCAAGAAGCUGGACUUCGUUCAAAAGACUCCACCACGAAGCUGGCCUUCUCAGCCUUGUGAAAUUCAUCUCGACAUAAAGCUGAUAACCAACCUCUUGGAUCGAGGCGAAUAUACUCUCAACAAAUGCUAGCGAGCAACAGGCUUCCGCUAAUUCGCAGUCGAUCCAAAGAAACUGUAGAGACAAUGGCCCCUCAAUGCAAGGCCUUUGUUCAAGAGAUCGAAAUCCUCUCGGACGACGAAACAGCCCUCGUUCAAGUUUCUAAGCUCCUUGGAAGCGGUGGCUUUGGCUCUGUUUACGAGGGGAAAUUUCGCGGAAAAAAGGUUGCGGUUAAAAAGAUGAACACCAACUCAAAAAACCCGCGAGCGGUCUUGCAGAGUUUCCAAGCGGAAACUUCUACUGCCUCGUUCUGUCAUCCUUACAUUGUUCGGACACUAGCAGCUUCAAGCUUAGAACGUCCUCUCUCCGAGAGAAUGAUAAUUAUGGAGUUCGCCGGUCCAAGAACCUUACGAAAUAUUUUGGACAAUGAAAAGGAAAUUAUUGACGAGGAGAGAAGAAUCAAAUUCGCCUCUCAUAUAACUAUGGCGUUAGAAUUUAUUCAUGGACAAGAUAUCGCUCACUUGGAUGUUAAACCUGCAAAUAUUCUAGUUGACUCCAAAGAUAUUUGCAAACUAGGAGAUUUCGGUUGCAGUCAAAUUGUGGAUGAUGGCGAGAAUCUACCUGCUAGCCCAACCUAUUCGUACCUGACAGGAACUUUCGCUUAUAGAGCACCAGAACUUCUCAAGGGAGAAACACCAUCCCCAAAAGCGGACAUUUAUUCACUGGGUAUUUGUUUAUGGCAGUUACUAACCCGGGAACGGCCUUAUGGCUCCGAGAAUUUAUAUGUUGUUGUAUUUGGCGUCGUUGCGUACAAUUUGCGACCACGUGUGCCAAGCGUCGAUAAGAUAUCCUGCCAUUAUCAGCAAUUAGUGGAAUCACUUUGGCAGUCGAGUCCGUGUUUACGGCCAACGGCCAGUGAAACUAUAGGGAUUUUACGAUCAAUGCAGAGAAGUUAGUAAGUUAAGCUAAUGGUAAGCUACUUUUAGCCGUUUUAUUCCAGGGAAAUUCCUCACCGUUGAUGUCAAAAGGAAGCAAUUAAGUUUUAAUUCGAUCACCAAUCUCUUUCCCUCCUUUGAAAUGAAUUUCUUGCUUGUAUUUAGAUAGCAAUGCGUCAAGAUUAGGAAAUUUUUUCAGGAUUAAAAAUACUACCCAUGAAUGUAUUUUUUACUAAUUGCGUUUAAAUGAUUCAACUUUCAGACGAAAAAAAAUAGUUUUGAGAACCUUUGUUGAAAUUUCCAGUCUUUCUUAAAAUGAAUCACUAGACAAGAGUUUUAUUUUACUGCAAGGUUCCAAAGAAUGAGCGCUGCCCAGAACAACCAAUCUGAAGACGGUUCGCGCAAAAUCAUCGGUUUUUGUUUCACUGAGCAGAAAUCAUGACUUAUUAUAAAUACUGUUUAGCGUAUGUUGCAAGUUUUCUUUAUUUAAAUUCAAGCAACUAUUUAAUUGCAUUUUGCGAAAACGAUCGACCGAUUUGCUAUUCCAAGUUGACAAAGGCUUACAUGGAAGUCCCUUUGUUUGCAUAGUUUUAUAGGACAAUUUAGCCAUUCUUCUUUUGUAGGGAGCUUGUUUCUUUCCAUUAUAAAGAAACAGAAACCUCAAAGGUCGUCAAAAAGUUGGAUAGAUAUUUUCUCUGUUUUGCCCGUUAAACUCUCUUGCAUCCAGUCGGAAAGGCCGUCUUACACAGAGUUGAAAGGGUGCAUGGUUAAGGGAAAAUAUAAUUAUGUAGUUCAAAGGCCUCUGAUAUAGGCGCUAAAAGUGCUUUUUAGAAUAGUGAAAGAAAAUAUUAUGAUGGCUAUGCAUUCUGGACGUUUAUUUGUCUCAGAGCAUGCCAUUUUUACCUUUUUAUUACUUAAACUGUAAAUGCAAUUUUAUACUUAAAACCGUCUUAGAUUAAUACUUGAUCGAGUAACCCGCGGAAUAGACAAUUGUUAAAUACGAGAGCCGGGAUUAGAACUUUUAAACUUUCUAUGUUUCUGAAACAGGCUAAGUGACUCCAUAUAUCAUAUCUACGGAUAUUUUUGAAACCUUAGAACAAAAAGACGUCUCGUAAAAAAUAUAAUAACAAACUAGUUAAAAUUUAAUAAAUUUUAAAUUUAUUUGAAAGGACAAAACAUAUAUUUAAAAACCUGAAAUGAAGGUUGCUAGAGGAAAGAUAUUUUAUUCGUCCAAUUAUAUUCCUACGAAAUGUAUUUCUUCUUGAUACAUGUAUUUUUAUGUCAUCAUGUCGCGAACGCACAGAGAGGAAGCUAGACGAUUUUCAGUUUCUGUCGUUUGAUUCACCUCGACACUAGUUUUACACUAAAUCAAUACUAGGGUAAAAAUAGAACAAGCUUUGUAGAUGUUUAGCAUUUAAAAAACAAUAGAUUCAAUACUUAACAUAACAGAGGAACACGUGUUAGUUUAAGUGACUGCUUCCUACGAGCAAAGGUCACUGAAAUUUAACCAUUUCCUCAGACAUAUUUUUUUCUUUUAACUUUUCAAUUCUCUGACUAACAUUUUUUCCGCCUCUUCUUUGUAACACGUACAAUUUAUUCAACACAAUCGUCAAUUGUUGCUUCAGUUCUCCAGUAAUGCGAUAUUUAUUUAAUCUUCCUUUCCCAUACUGAAAACGGUUACUGCAGGUACAACUUUCUAUGCAUUGCAAAAUGUGUUUAGAGUAUCAGUGAGCAUAGCAUUUGAACAAAAUGACUGAUUUUAGUAUAUUAAAUUUUUGAGAGAUGUUUCUUGAAUUUCGCAGAAACGUCCUUCACAAGAAUACAGCCUUAACUUAUUUAUGAUGGGUAAAUCAUUGACAAAUGUUGUUCUAUUUUAAACCGAAUUUGACAUGAAUAAAUUGCAUUUAAAAACAGU